UGUAAAAUAGUAAUACCGUCGAUAGAUUAUACAUAUUGUUAAGGCUCGACACAAACGACGUUUUGAUUUCUGAAUGCAGGUCCGACGGAAAGCUAGUUGGGUAGAAGCGAGUCAAAGCCACAUCCGACCCGACAUGACAGGUCAAAUCGGGUUGGGAUACUCAUAAAUCCGGGUUCAUUUGCUAUCCCGGUUAGCUCCCGUCCCAGUUCCCACUUCGGGCACUUCCCACCAGUCGCUAAAAAUUAUAUGCUUCAGCAGGGCCGGCCAAGAGGGUGUGCUGGCCCGCCCUCCGGCACAGGGCCUCAGAAUAUUAGGGGUCUCUACUUAGAUUCGUUAGUACCAAUCGUAUAUUGUAUGUUGUAUUUUUAGUGUAUGAUUGAUUGAUUAUGAGUAUGAUGAUGUGUUUAAUAGAUAAUUUUAGCUAUAAUAACAAUUGAAAAGGAUUCAUGGAGAAUACGAAAAUCUGAAAAGUAAUAGAUAAUUUUAAUUUAAUCAAUAUAGAAAGAUGUUACAUUUUGAAUAAUGUUAUUAUAAUUAUUUUAGUUUUAUUAUAGUUAAAGGCCGAUUUGGACCACGUCUAGAUUUUGAAAUAGGGUCUCCACGAUCUAGUAGACAACCCUGCACCCACCUCUCGAUCAAUUUAAACUAUUUUCAUUUCUCCAUUCAAUUUUUGCGCUAUAUCCAUUUUCUCUUUCUUCCAGAUUUACUUUCCUCCCUAUUAGGGCUAGGAAUUCGGUCUUGGUUUCUAGGUCAAACUGGAAACGAGAUCGUUUAUUCUUGAUGUAAUCUUUUUCUGAACUUAAGUAUUUUUUACAAUUAUUUACUAAUUUUUAAUUUUAAUAAAUUUAUGGGAAAAAAUUAGGGUCACAUUUUAAAUUUUCGAACAGGGCCUCCAAAUAUCAUGGGACGGCCCUGUGCUUCAGUGACUGCCCAUUCUCAGUACAGAAUGCAUAAGUAAUUGAAGUUUUUUGUUGGGCCUACCCAAGGCCAAGCCCAUCCUUGGUGUGGUCGAUUGUCUCGAUUCAUCAAAAGGCCAGGUCGGCCUGUUUUCGAAACCAAAAUAAAAGCCCACAAGUUAGAAAAACAGACAAAUGGGCUCUCAUGGCGGAUGAAUUGGCGUAAGGAGAGGUCGGCUUCACAUUGAUGUUUUGGUUCGGUUUCGACCGAAUUGAAAUUAUGAAUACCUGGUCCCCGAAUUCUCUCAAACAUUAAACCAAAUUCGAACCGAAUUAUAAUUCGGUUCGGUCGGUUUAAACCGAAUUAUAAUUCGGGUUGGUUCGGUUUUUCACCCAAAACCGAAUUUGUGAAGCUACUUGUAUUUUCUCACUUUUAAAUUAUUUUUCACCCCUAAUAUAAACAAUAAAUAUCAAUUAUAUGCAUCAUCAAUGAUAAAAUCAAACUUUUCAACACAUAAGUCAUAAAACAUUUCAAAUAUUUAAGUCUAAAAACAACUAUAAUCAUCAAAAUCCACCAUUUGAAGCUUGCAAUUAUAGUAUUUCGGUUUUUCGGUCGAAAAUUCGGUUCGGUUGAAAGAACCCUGAUUUCUGAACUAUCCAUAUUUUCCUUCUGAAUUCCGAACCGAAUAGCAUUAAUUAGGUUUCGGUUCGGUUCGAAUUUACCGAACCGUUUGUCCAGCCCUAAAUCAAACUGAUAAAGACGAAUAGAAAUUGCAAUAAGUUAGACUUGGAGACUUUGAGUGACGAGUGUUGUUUGUUCAGCAAGAAUUGCAUACUUUUCUUCAAGUAUGGUAUAGAUGCUCUCCCCCCAUUAGUUGAAGUUCUCACUUAUAAAUUUGUUCACUAAAUUAAUUCAGUUUUAAAUUUUAAGUAACAAAUGACAUAACCUAAUAUAUGAGGUGAUUUUAUUUAUAAAAGAAAUUAUCAAAAUUAACGUUGAUGUACGAAUCUUUGAAAGUCAAUUCUCGGGUUUUGGUGUGGUUAAAUUAUUAGAGAUGAAAAAUGAGACUUUUGUUUGGCUGGGGUAAAGCGAACCAGACGACACUGGUUACCAACGAAAUCUGCUGAAACUAUUGUGUCGUGGUUUAAGGUGAAAAUGACGAUUAAGUUCCCGUUCUUACUUGGGGAAGUCAAGUUAGAUUGUCUUCUCUUUAUCCGCCUCUUACAGGAGAUAUCAGAUUCAUAUAGAGAAAUCUGGACUGAGCCGACAAAUGUGGGUGAACUGAGUUUUAUUUUCGCAUGCUAGAAUUCAAACAAACCGAACUAUCUAAUGAAAUUAUCCAACUCUUUUAUAUUAAAAGAGGGAAUUCAGCUAUCUAGAAAAUAAGAAAUAUAUCUCUCUUAUUAUAUUAAUCUAAAGAUUCCUACUUGCAUUAGCAUCUCUAACCACAUUUCUGGGUACAAAGUUUUUGUGUUUUUUUUUUCAAAUACUAAUACACAUAGUUAUACUAAUUAGCUAUUUUCUAAUAAUUUAUGGUUUAGGUAUUCUAGGGAGGAAACUUUUAUCCUUUUAAUCAUUAACAAUAGGGAGGUAUGCAUCAACUUUAUUUUAGCUAGGUUUAUAAAAAAUAUUACAAUGUACAAAAAUUUGAAUCAAUCACUUAAUGACCAGAUCAAGGAUCACUACCCCACGUAUCAUUCUUAAUCAAGGGUAAGAGUGCCCUUUAGCACUAUGAUUUUCACACAAAACAAAAAGGACUAGAUAAAGGAGAGCACCUUGACAUAUUGUCGAGUUCCUUGAAUUAAGAUAAACAAAAAUUAUCCACUGAUCAAACAUCUUCAAUAAUAAAUUCUAUGAUAUAUUAAGUCAAUGGUCAAUAAGCAUUGAUUGAUUGAGGGUUACUCCGAAUUUUAAGAAUCACAAUUUAAUAUAUAUUAUAUAAGAUAAUAAAUUCCAGUAUUGUGUUUGAGAAAUCAUUUCAUAACUUAGUUACUUAGGAUUUUGAGAAUCUUCGAUUAACAGAUAUUAUAUAAAGAUAAUAAAUACGAAUAUUAUGAUUGAGAAUUGUAUCAUAAAUUAUUACGUCUAGAGUUUAUAAAGUUACACCGUGAGUGUGAGUCUAGACUAGAUAAUUGAACACUCUUUAAUGGGUAAUAUGAUAUAUGCGGAACAUUUUCAGCAUAAACCUAUAAUAGACAUAACAAAAAUCAAUAAUAAAUUGAUUAAACCUAUUAACUCAACAAUAUAUAUAUAUGGCGAGUUCUACGGUACCCUGGGUAAAAUCUGGGGUACCGCAUACCUUGAGUAUGAAAACACUAUCUAGACCUUGUAUUGAACGAUCUUUCGGACAUGAUACUAUACUCUAGCUCUUAAAGAUCAAAAUCUAGGUCUUAAUUCUCCCAAUCUUAUACUCCAAGAUCAAUUUAAUUAGAAACAAUAAUCGACGGUUAUGAUUCGUCCAAAUAUAGGCACAAAAAGGAAUGCACCAUCUUAGGUUUUAUAGAUUAUGAUUUAGAUAGUUAGGACCUAGGGUUCACUCAUUAAGGGUUAGGGUAUAGUAUCAGACCCAAAAAUCCUGCUAAUUCGAGGUCUAGAUACCGUUUCCAAACUCAAGGUAUGCGGUACCCCGGAUUUCACUCGGGGUACAGUAGAAGGCACCAUAUAUAUAUAUAUAUAUUUCAUGCAUUAAUCAUUAAGAAAAUAUUGAUUGUAGGUUGAGUAUUUUUUAUGUAUACAACUAUAUAAUUGGCAAAUGUUUGAUGUAAAACAAAUAAAUAAUAAAAUUUUCCAAAAAAUAAUAUAACGGUCAAAUCAUUAACUUUCUAUCAGGUCAAUAACAAUUGACUAUGAAGUAGUCAAUUCGUGCUGAAGGAAAAAGUCAAUUGUUUUUCAACCUCAGGUCGAUAUAUAUUCAUUUUAAUUAAUCAUUAUUAUUCAAUAAAAUAAAAUAAAAGCAUAUACAACCACAUUUUCUAGCCACAUUUUCAUGCAAUGCAACAAGCGUCUAGAUGAAAUAAAUUACUUUUUUGUGGUAGAAGGAUAGACGCAAAUUAAGUCCUAUAUCAUAUUAGAAACUCUUUGUUGAGUAAUACCCAUAACAUCAUAGGAGAUCCACAAUCUAAACUCUGGGUAGCAUACAUCAAAAUGAUGUGUGCCAAAAGAAAAGUCAUGACCCUUUCUAACAAGAAAAUCAGCAGCAAAAUUUCCCUCUCUAAAAACAUGGUUGAUCUUCACCUCCCAAUCAAGGUUCAAAAGUCUAUUAAUUUCCAAUGCGAGCAAUCCAUGUCGAUGGUUGCUUUCCUCGCUAUUGUUGAUAAUGGCAAGCUGUAUUGGAGUCCAGGUUAAGCAUAACCUUUUGUAUUCUUUUUAACCAUAAGCUUUGAAGGAAAUUACUUGAAAGCAAUGACAACAACAGCCCCCGAAGUAGCUCUAGGUUAAAGCUACUACUUGGACAAGCUUGAUUGAGUGAAUUGAAAUUCGAAUUGAGCAGACUUUUUAUAUCUUCCAUCACAAACAGAGACGAUAGGACCGAUAGAAGUUGCGGUUGCAAUGACGUCAGUGAACUAGAGUAUUCCAUAUGUUGACAUGAAAUAGAGGGUUCCUUUGAAUCGAUCAAAGCAGCGAGAGAAAGUAGCCAAAACUAAACUUACUCAAAUGUGUGAAAACACAUAAUGAAAAUGAAAUGUGGUUUGAUUAGGUGUUUUAGAAGUCUAGUUUCCUUAUUAGAGUCCUAUAGUUUUUAAUUUCAAUAAACACUUUCAUAGCUGAUUCGAUUUCAUUAUUGGAGAACUCUAUGUUACACUAAUUUUUCCAGUAAUUAGUCUCAGAUAAUAAAUUAUUUACUUUGUUAAUAUUUUUAUGUAUUCAUACUACUCAAGUAAACAUGAAAAGAAUGUAACUUUGGGAGAUAUAUAUUAGUAAUCAUAAACAAUAUUCAUAAUAAAAAAUUUAAAUUUUAAUAAUUAUCAUUAAUUCCAAAUGGUCAACUAGGCCGGACAAUAUUAUAUGAAGUCUAAAAUAAAUUUCGCAAUGAUUUGUAAAAUAAAGUGUAACAAGAUAAAUUUUGUAGGAGUUGGCUUAUUUGCAUCAUCACUUUUUAUUUUCACAUUAUUGGAUGACUCAGUUAGAAUGUUGAAUUUUGUUUAGAUAUAUUUUCAUUUCCUAUAUUUCAGUAACUUAAAAAGUGAAUUUUACAUGUACUAUUAAAAAUGUAUAUUAAUUUGCACAAUUGUUUUGUUUAUAUCAUUAACUAAAUGCAUCCAACAAACGGGCGGACCCAAAUCUAGUCACAAUAACAAUUCAUAUAUAAUGGUGUUAUACUAUCAUAAUAUCGUAUAACCACAAGUCCACAACAAUUUAUCACCAUUGAAUCUUUGUGAUAAGAGAGGACGAAUUCCUUGUGGUAAAUAGAGAGAUACGUGAUAAGGAAACAACGUAAGGAGUUGGUCCGUUGGAUUGCUCGUCAACAACCACUUCUUGACCCGUCUCCAUCAAAACCCACAGUACCAAGUACACAGAAAUUACCAUAACUGUUAGACAUAUAAUUAGUAUAAUAAUAAUAAUAAUAAUAAUAAUUAAUAAUGUUAGGUUUUGGCGGCUAACCUAGGCCGAUUAGGUUAGGUAGGGUUUUGGGUUUAUUUCCUAUAAAUAUGUAUCUUGGGGUUACAUCAUAAUCAAUCAAGAAGAAUAUUAAGCAAGUAUCUCUCCUAAACCCUAAUCUCUCUCAACUCUUAAUUUCUCAUCUCAUCCUAGUCCAAGGCCUCGGCCGAUUCCCAAUUCUAUUCUUUCUCAUCUAAAUUCCUAAUCCCCAAAUUCUUUCUCUCAACCCCCAAAUCCCUAAUUAUCACGAGUGCCGAAGAUCAGUAUCGAGAAUCCCUAGAAGCGGGGUUCUCACAAUUGAUAUCAGAGCCCGGUUGUUGCACUCGUAUCAUGGGUUCGACUUACGUCGAGCUCUCAGUCGAAGAACUCACAAAGAUUUUAAAGUUGAAGCUAGAAGAGUUUAUCCAGAAAGAUGAGAGUGAUCUCAAAGGAAGGCUGCGGCACAUCAAUCACCUCGCCGCCAGCACCUUAACACCAUCAGCUGCCGUUGAGAUGGACUUGGGUCUGGUGGAGGGUUCCUCUCCAAUCAUGGCGGCGAUUUCCAUUCUCCAGCAACCCUAGAGCGCGCCACCAAGCGCAGUCUGUUGGGCCGUGCAUAUCGGUGGAGUGGGCCGCGAGCGGACCAGCCAAUCUGGCCAGAACAAAUGGGCCGAGUUGGGGUUCGGGUCAUUGGGCCCAAUGAGCCCGAAAAUGGGCCGAAGCCAGGAGGAAAUUGGGCCGAGACAAGGUUUGAUGGUGAGUUGGACGAGAAGGAAGUCAGCUGGUUGCAAGGAUAUUGUGGGUCGGGUCUCAUGAUAAUACUUGGGCUAGGGAUGGCAACAAAACCCGAACCCACGGGUACACACCCGACCCAACCCGGUCAACGCGGGUAAAAUCCGCGUUGACGGGUUUUGGGCCGGGUUUGGGUUUAAACCCGCUACACUAUUCAUCGGGUCGGGUUGGGUUUAGGUAAACCCGACCCAUGGGUACCCGCCCACACACAUAUAAUUACUUUUCCCGUAUAUUUAAUAUUCUAAAUAAUAUAUUUUCCUUAAACAAUUAAUAUUCUUUAUGUUUGUGGAGACAUGUAUAAUUUGUUCUUUCUAAUUGUUUAGAAUGAAGUUGAUAUUAUGAA